GGCGGAAGGAAGAUUUCUUAUUAUCGUCAUCACCAUAAUAUUGUAUUUUAUGUACAAGCUUUCAUCGCAUAUUUCAAUAGGCAAACACAACGCAUCGGGAUUACAGAUCAAACACGAAACGAAAAUAAGUAAAUGAAGAAGAAGAAGAAGAAGAAGAAGAAGAAGAAAAGAAGUGUGAGGAUUAUUAUUCCGGCAGCGGCAUGAUCAGCAAGGCGGAAGGACGAUCCCGUGUGUGUGUGUGUGUGUGUGUGUGUGUGUGUGUAGGUGAGGUGUGCGCGAUCACCUGACUCGGUGACAUCACGCAGGUGUCAAAACCAGUUUCUCGGGUGGACGCCGAGUUUACACGGGCGACGAGGAGAAGCGCGACAGGACUGCGCCCGCGGACGCACAGCGCCUCGCCACACAUCUCCUCCUCCUCGCCGACUGCAGUCAUGGCCUUCCGGACACGGUGGCUUCAGCUGCUCCUGCUCCUGCGCUGCCUGGCGACGACCCUGUCGAAGAAAGAUGAUCGAGGCUUCACUGGUACAGAGACCAACGACGGGGUGUGGGUCAGCUCCCAAGCUAAAGAAGUCCUGAGCAGUCGCCUCACCACCGUCUUCCUCCCGGUCAUCUACAUCGUCGUGUUUGCCGUGGGGCUGCCCACCAACGCCUUGGCCAUCUGGGUGUUCCUCUUCCGCACCAAGGAGAAGCACCCGUCGUCGAUCUACAUGGCCAACCUGGCUCUGGCUGACCUGCUCUUCGUCAUCUGGGUGCCGCUGAAAAUAGCGUACCACUUCAACGGCAACGACUGGGUCUACGGGGAGGGUUUGUGCAAAGUGCUGGUGGCGUUUUUCUACGGCAACAUGUACUGCUCCAUCCUGUUCAUCACCUGCAUAAGUGUUCAGCGGUACUGGGCCGUGGUCAACCCGCUGUCCCUGCAGCAGAGAAGCAACCGUGGGGCUAUCUGCGUCUCCAUCUCGAUCUGGGUGCUGGUCUGGCUUGUCACGAUCCCUCUCUACCUGUACGACCAGCAGGUCCGCGUGACAAACCUCGACAUCUUCACCUGCCACGACGUCACCAAGCCCAGUCACAAGGAAAUAGCAGCGGGCUACUUCCUGACAAUGGGAAUCGUGGGUUUCGUUGCUCCCGCCGUCGUGUGCAUCGUCUCCUACGUCCUCAUGCUCAAGGCCCUCAGGAACAGUAUGGUGGACGCCGCCAUCGCCAAGAAGCGCCGGAAGGCCGUGGUCUUGAUCGUCACCGUGCUGCUCAUGUUCUUGGUGUGCUUCGCCCCCAGCAACAUCAUGUUGCUGGUGCACUACAUCCUCCUGUUGGGCGGGGCCACCAACAACCUGUACGGAUUCUACAUCACCACCCUGUGCCUGGCGAGCCUCAACAGCUGCUUCGACCCCUUCGUGUACUACUUCAUCUCCGACGACUUCCGGCAGCACGUGAAGAACACGUUCCUCUGCCGGAGCGAGAGGACAGUGGAGAGGAUGAGGAUCUCCUUCAGCGCUCUGAAAUACUCGAGGAAGAGCAACACGUACACGUCCAGUUCACGGAACACGCAGAGCUCCGAUUGCUAGUGAACCGGUUUCUAGGCUAAAAUGAAAUAGAUUUUUUUUUUAAAUUUAACCAACAAGUCCUCCAUCUGUGUUGAGUCCUCUGUGGUGAUGACUCCUAGAAGAAGUCUCAGGUCGUGUUUCCUCAGUUUUGUAAAAAACUUUUAUUUUUGUAUCUUUGACAAAACCACUUCAUUUUUGAAUGCACUUUUAAUUGUGUGUCAAAUCUUUUAGUCCAUGGUGUAUUUUAAUUGAGACAAAUUCUUGGCUUUUAUAUCUAUAUCUAUAUUUAGCAUGUCGUAGGAUACGUGAUACAAUAUUUUCAUAUGUAUAUACCUCGUAUGUUUUUUAAGUAAAAAAAUGUAUUUUACUUGUAUAACUCCAUUUUAAAGUGUGCCAAUAAAAGCAGCUGCCCACCCUAUGUAUUUCUCCCCGUCCUCGUACCAUUUGGUCUGUUAACAUUGGCAGUUAGAAAGGUCAAGCUGGGUGUUCCUCAUUUUCAAAACAGUGCCAGUAUUUAACACUUGCUGUCAGUUCAGGUUUUUUGUUGUAUUCCCUCACUUUGACAUUUAUCUUUAUUUAAACUAGAGUAAUUAAAACGCGUUCUGUCACUGAAGCUUUUUGCUGCCUAUUAAUUAACACCAUUAAUUGAUGUCAUUACUUUUUUGUGAAACAAAAAAAGGGUUUUACUGAAACGAGCACUGAAGAAAACUUUAUUUGAACUUUAUUGAUUAAAUUGUCUACUAGCUUUAGAGUUUGGUUAAAAAAAACUUAAACAAACAGACCUCAAAACAAUAAAAUCCGCUGUCUUUUAUACAAAUUAAAUCCAAAGGAUAUAGUCGUUAACAGUCCGAUAGAGACUAAAGUUGCCAAAGUUAAUAUGGACCACAGGAUGUGUAGUGUUAUUACUUUGUUAAAUGGAAUAUUAACAUAUUUUUAGAUAUAAUAUUGCUGGUUGUUCCAAACUGGUUUUUUUUUUUCAAAUAAAAUGUUGAAAAUGCAA